UAGUGAUUGAAAUCUACACGUGGAUGCAAGUUACAAAAUGUUAAAAAUAGGUAACUUUAAUAAUUUUUUUAGUUCCAAAAAAUGUUUUUGAAGUAAGUAAAAUUUAUUGAUUAUGAAAUGUAUAAUUUGCAUGCGUAUUUUUAGUUUAAGUAUACGAAUAUAUAUGAGUAUACAAGUAAAAUAUAAAUUAAAAAUCAUUUUUAAGGCCUAUAAGAAAAGCUUACAAUUAUUUUAUAAUCUUAAAAUAAUUAAAUAAUUUAAGUAAUACUAAUAAUUUUUAUAUUAGUCGUUAUGUUUAUUAUGAUACAAUAUAAUUAUAAUGAAAAAAUAAUAUUAAAACAAAAAAUAGUCGAGUAGUUUAUCUUGCGAUUACUUUAAUAUCUUCUAAAAUGGACGUUUUAUGGUAUGGUCAGAUUUUCAUAGGUUUGUGUAGGAUUUUCAGGUGAUAUGGUCGCAACCCGGCGGGAAUAACGACACCAGCGCCGCGUUAUUUUAUUGGAACGAAACCACGCCUAUAACCUGAAGAUUUAUACCAUACUAUGAUGGCACGCAGUCGUAAAGAUAGUACGGGUAAAAGCGACACCGAAGUCACUGAUAAAGAAAAUAAGAGGGAAAGAGGUAGAGAAAGAGAUAGAAAAAAGCGGGCUGGCUCUACAUCUAGUAGUGGCAGUAGUUCCUCAGAUAGUAGCUCAGGAUCAUCAUCUACAAGUAGUGGAAGUAGUUCCAGAUCAAGCUCUACAUCUAGUACUACUUCUACUAGUUCGGCAAGUUCUUCUGGGAGCUCUAGAGAUAGAGGAAGAAAACGAAGUAGAAGCAAAAGUGUUGAUGCUUCACGUAGACAUGAUAAUAAAGAAAAAGAAAGAGAAAAAGAAAGAGAAAGAGAAAGAGACAGGGACAGAGAUAGAGAUAGAGAUAGAGAAAAAGAUAAAAAAAAGAGUAGUAAUUCUGUGAUUGAUAAACCAAAACCCAAAGGACGCUCUAGAUCACCUUCACCACGUAGAAAACGUAGGGAAAGAUCACCAAUUCCUAGACCAACAAAAAUACAUAUUGGACAUCUAACCCGUAAUGUUACUAAGGAACACAUUAUGGAAAUUUUUUCUACAUAUGGUCAGAUUAAAAUGGUCGAUUUUGCAAUGGAUAAGCUUCAUCCAAAUCAAGGACGAGGAUUUGCCUAUGUGGAAUUUGAAACAGCAGAUGAAGCUGAAAAUGCAAUGAAACAUAUGGAUGGUGGACAGAUAGAUGGCCAAGAAAUUACUGCUGCCCCAGUAUUAUUACCAAAACCACGACCAUUACCGAUGCGGAGAAUGUCACCUUUAAUGGGAAGAAGAGCGCCCCCACGAUGGGGUGGUGGUGGUAGAAAUACUCCUCCUCGUUAUCGUAGACGUUCGCCACCAAUUAAUCGUCGCAGAAGCCCACGGCCACCAAGACGUAGACCAAGAACUCGAUCGCGAAGUCCCCCAAAUAAUCCACGACAUCGGCAUCGUCGCUACACGAGAUCAAGCUCAAGCAGUUCUCGAUAGCAACUUUUUUUGUACAUAUAAAAUAAGAACUGAAUUUGACCAAACUCAGUUCAUCCUGGUUGGUCGUCUUAAUAUAUUAAGCAAUUUUUACCGAUUCAUUCGAUCAUAUUGACAGGGAAGUGUAUGCACUCAAAAAUUUAAUACACUUGUUCACAACGGUGUUUAUGAUAAUUCACGUUUUUGUCGAUGAUUAAAACACCGUUCGUGAUCUGCAAGUUCUGCUUUUGAAAUAUAUCAAUUUCACACGUGAUAA